ACAAGGACAGAGCAGAAACUUAGCCAGAGAUUCGUCCAGGAUAGGGGCUGUAUCGUAGGGAGUAGUCGUUGCGGAGAUUGGGUCGAAGCGGACUGGACAGGAGCCGAGCAAACUAUCUGCAGAAGAGGUUAAAGGGUUGCCGUGCGGACUCCGGAGCUGUGAGAAUCUACCCCGAGGUAAGCUCUUAGAGUCGUAGUCAAAGAGGAGAAGCCAGGCCGGGAACAAACAGAAAAGAGAAGAGCAACAGGAGUACAGGACUCAGUGCACCAAGAAUAGGAAAGAGCAAAGACCAUAACAGUUGAACUUCAAGAUGCUUGAAGUGAGGACUGCAAGAAGGCCGGCUCUCGCCGACAUCUCUGGUGGUGGGUUCUUUAUGAGGACAGUAGAAUCGCCAGGAGCUGUGCUGGUGAAUGGUGCUGUCAAGCGGCCGGCUCGGCAGUUUCUAUCACCUUCAAGCAACAAGGAGAAUGUGCCACCAGUGGGAGCUUUCAGGGCUACACCAAAGAGGAGGACCCCCUUGCCUGACUGGUACCCGAGGACACCACUCCGUGACAUCACAUCAAUCGUCAAGGCAAUUGAGAGGAGGAGAAGUCGUCUGCAGAAUGCUGCAGCUCAGCAGCAGAUCCAGUGGACAGAAGACCCUUCCCGAUCUGUGGAUCCAAUAACUCCAGUACAGGCAGAGCAGGGUGGUGUGCCAACAACUGUGGAUGGUCAAGGUGUUGGAAGCCCUGCAACCUGUUUGGAGGAUGGCAAGCUGAAGACAUCGUCCUAUCCAUCAUCUGACUGCUCCUUGCAGGCCACUCCAUCCAAACCAAACGAUCCAGCUCUCGCAGAUCUCGUGGAGAAGAAGCUGUCCAGCUCGAUAGAGCAGAUCGAGAAGAUGGUGCGGCGAAACCUGAAGAGAACUUCGAAGGCCGCUCAGCCUUCCAAGAGGACCAUCCAGAGGCGCGUCCUGAUGUCCAUGCGAUGAGCUGAGAAAGCUAUCUGCUCUGCCAUGGCUUCCCUUGUCUGCUGCUUUCUUAGCAGCAAGUCGUAACCAACCAUUACGCCAGUUUUGCCUGAAGGAGGGGUGGGGCCGUGGGGGCUCCUGGUUCUCUGCUUGAGGACCCCGGGGUAUGCGGCUUACUACUAGCUCUCUGCUUGAGGGUACACAUUAUGGUGACUGCGUAUUUUUAAUUUGAGAAAUUAGUAGUUCUAUGUAUAGUUUUAUAGUGUGGAACGGAUAUGAGAAAUUAGUAGCAAUUGUGACUUCGACAGCUUGAAUACUGUUGUUAUGGAGUAGUUCCUCUAUACUGUUGUUUCCGAGUAACAUAACACAGUUUUGGCCAUCAGUAAUGGAAUCAUAACCUUACCGAUUUCAGUUAUG